UCAAUGCCAUCAUCGACUUGUCAAAAAUGGCGGUCGAUCCAAGGGAACCGUUGUUUACAAAUUUACACAAUUAAUUUGCGACACCACAGGAGUGGCCACAGCUGGUUUGACUUUCUCAUGGAGAACUACAUUUUGUACGACGAGGUUGGGAGGGGAGAACACUCGGUCGUCUAUAAAGGCCGUAAGAAAGGAACCAUUGAAUUUGUGGCGAUUCACUGUGUCGAAAAAUGCAAACGUAUUGAACUUCGAAAUAUUGUUAGACUAACCCAUGAAAUGGACCAUCCAAACGUAGUAAGGUUUCACGAGUGGUAUGAAACAACUAAUCAUAUUUGGAUGGUGGUCGAAUUGUGUACAGGGGACAGCUUGGACGCUGUCUUGACACAAGAUAAAUGCCUUCCCGAAGAGACUGUCAGAUGUUUUGGAGUUGAAAUUGCAAAAGCACUUUUCUACAUUCACUCCCUUGAUAUCCUUUAUUGUGAUUUAAAGCCAUCGAGGAUCAUGCUUGAUGGAGCAGGAGUCUUAAAGUUAAGUGAUUUUGCACUUGCCAGAGUAGAGGGUGAGGAUGACUUUUAUGACAAUUUGCUACAAGAACAGAACUCUGAUGGUGACGACGAGGACCAAAAUUAUAGGGGCACUGAGAGGGAGCAAGGCAAAAGGCCUAAACCAUCACCUCAUUACAUGGCCCCUGAGGUACUCAAUGGGGGGCCUCAUUCCAAAGAAGCUGAUUUGUGGUCAUUUGGCUGUGUCCUAUAUGAAAUGUUUAUGGGCGAACAACCUUUUGUUGCAGAUUCCUUUCCAGAGCUUGUGUCAAAAAUCUUUAGAGAUGACUCCCCGCAUCUCAGACUGAAAACAGAGGCUGUUACAAAUGACGGGUUACGAGAGCUUGACAAUCUGAUACAAAGUCUCUUGGUGAAGGAUCCAGAACAACGUUUAGGCUGGAGAGAUUUAAUAGUGCAUAAGUUUUGGAAUGGUGAACUGGAACAUCAGUUGAAGUCUGGUGAAGGAAAUGAUGAAGCAGCUGCAAUUGAGGACCAACAAGAAUCACGGCCAGAAGAGUCAGAUGAACACUUACCCAGUGGAUUUGUCAAUGAAGACAAAGAAAAGGUCAUCUCGAACAAUGAUGUGCUGAAUCUGCCAGACCAAGUGGUCAGGCAAGGAACAUACACCUUCAGUAGCAGGCCACAUACUGCUGAUUCAGCAUCAAGCAGUGGAGAAAAUAAAUCCUUAGGGAAAACACAAACAGUAGCAAGACGAACAAAGUCAGACGAUCAGUAUGACAGUACUUCCAACUCAAAUAAAACAUCAAAACAGGCUGGAAAGAACUCUAAUGCUUCAGCUUCUAAAGCAAAGAGCAAUAAGUCAACGCCAUUGAAACAGAAUCAAACAUUCAAUAAAAGGGACUUCAAUGGAUUGAAACAGAAUGGACCUACUCAAAAUGAAGUUCAGGAAUUAAACUCAUCUUUGGUGCUGGGAGUGCAGGAAGAUGAAAAUAGUGGAAAUCAAAAGAGCAUUUCAGAUCUGGCCAAUCACCCAUCUGAUUUUAUAGUAACGCCAAUUGCUGACAACCCAAAAAUCAAGAAAUUUGCCCUUCCUAAGUGGGAUUCUAAGGCAUUGCCUUGUCAGCCUUUGAAACCAGGAGAACUUGUAGACCUUCCAGAAGUUAAAUUUGAAGAGCAUUUGAGUGCUAUCAGAAGCUUGUUGUGUCAAAGUGACAAAUCAACUACUGGUCCUAUUGCUGCUCUUCACAGAAGUAAACUGCACACAUCAUCUUAUUUGGCAUCACUCUGCCGUGAUGGAGAGAUUGCCAAUGUAAUCUUUGAUUCUGAUUUUAUAUCUGCUGUUUUGAGGCAGAUUAAGUCUGGCUUUUCUGCAGAUUUUAAAGCAAGGCUUGGUUAUGCCCUCAGUCUUUUAGCUGGUAAUGCUACCAUGAUUUCUGAGGACUUCAACAUGACAGAAGUGUUCACAGUACUGACAGAAGUGAUUAGAGACAAUUUUCGGAAUGCCAAGCUCAAGCAGCAUCUGUUGCCAGCACUGGGGGAAUUUCUGUUUUAUGCUGCAACUCAAGAGGAAAAUUUGGGCUGUGCAAUUCCACAGUGGGAUGUGCCAGGAGUUACAUACACCAUCAUCACCAGAUGUCUUCAUGAAGGUGAAGACAUUGUGGUCCAACACUUUGCUGCAAAAUCAAUUGAGAAUGUGGCAUCUACCCAUGGCAGGCAUUGCAACAAGUUUGUGACAAAUGAUACAGCUCAGCUUCUUUGGAAUUUCUUCACUCACUGCACUGUUGAUGCCCAGAAGGUCACGGCGAUUUCAGCCCUAAGUCGCUUGACAAGCCACAUGCCGUCUGUCUUCCAACAUGUGAUAGAGAAGGCGGGUUUCAAGGCAGUAAGCGCAGCCUUAUCCAGCAGUGUGCCCAAGAUCCAACAAGGCUUGGUAACAAUGUUUGUCAUGCUGUUGUCCACGAGACCUCAGAUGCGAAGGCUUGUUCAAGAACGAGACUUGAUCACCAAAGGUCUGCACCUGUUUGAGAGUCCCUCGAUGGUCAUUCGCGGGAAAGCAUUUCUGUUGGUCCUGACCAUGGUACAGUCCAGUCCAGAAGCUCUUUUGUUGUGUUGUCAGUCAAGGCUUGUCAUGUAUAUUGAGCGCCAGCUGAAGCGAGGCACCCCUGUCAAAGGAGAGAGCCCAGAAAAUCGAGACUAUCUCGUACAGUGUCAGAAUCUCUGCGUGUCUGCCAUCGUGGAUGCCAUGCCUGGUAUUCUAUCCGAUGUGUUGGCAUCACUGGAUGCGGUACAAGGACGGAAGCAUCCCUCAGCGGGACAAGCCAAACAGUUACGAAUACACCUCCCGCUUCUGUCAAUCAUUCUACACCUCGUAACAAGUCACGCUUUCCGUUCUCAUGUCACCAAUGAAGAAUUUCUUGCCAAUGUCGGCCUGCUUUUGUCGCAUGUAAUCUCCAUUGACUCCGGCAGCACCAGCAUUGGCUCAGCAGCUGGUCCGAACGCGGCGGAAGAUCUCAUCAACGUGGUAUUGUCCAUCGCUGAAGCAAUCACGCAACACCCUCCCAUACUCCUGCAGUAUCACGCUAUCGUCACGCAACACAUCCUGCCUCAUCUGGCAGCGCUAAUGAGCAGUUCUAGUGGAGAUACAAGAGUGUUGAGCUUCAGGAUGUUUGCUGAUGUAGCGUCGCUGUAUUUAGAUAGCCAGAAUGUGUAUAAUUCUUCCAGUAAUGUUGAGGAUGUGUUGGCCAGCACAAGGAAACUGAACGAGGUCAUUAAUGACCACUUACUGCCCCAGUAUCACCUCAUCCUUCAAGACCAGGAUCCUUUGCCAGCCUAUGGCCUGAAGCUGUUGUUGUCGUUCCUGGAGCGUAGCCCUGAUAUCAUCCACACAGUCGUCAAUCAAAAGCUUCUGCUCACCGUGUCCGAGGUCCUCCAGGCCCACACUGACCGAGUGGACAGAGGUAUGGUGCUGAGCAUGGUUGGGUUACUUGACUGUUUAGUGUCUGCUAAAGAUGUUGAUGUGUCCUCGCUGUACGAUCAAGGUUUGAUUGACAGCCUCGUGUCGGUGUUCGCAGAUAUUGCUUCAACUCAAAACGAUGAAAACGACGCGUCGGUGGCCAUGUUACUUCCCCUUCUUGAUUCUUUGAACAACACACUGAAGUACGUCUCCAGAGAGGUCCGCAAAGCUCUGCAAGCGAAAACCGAGCCAGGACCUGAAAACGAGGCUCAAACACAGCUGGCUGAGAAGCUUCUUGUUGAGAGUAAACCGCUGGUCGACAUGACUGGCGUGCUUAUCAACUACCUCUGUCACGAGGACCCGGAUGUUAGAGACAGCGCGUGUAGGUGCUUGUACCUUAUGGUCGAACUGUUUGGAGGGAUAUACGAGGACUCCUUGAGCACGGAGAACAUGGAGUGCUUUGCGGAGGCGUUGAGCACCGCUGACAUUAAGAAACAGAAGCAGCUUUUGCGAAUCAUCAAAAGACUGAUUUCUUCAAAUUCACCGCUUAGUGAUGCAGAUGAAAAUGGUUGGCAAGGUUUCAUUGAUGUUCUUCAAGGACUUGUGAAUACGAAAAACUCCACCAGCGCGGAAGAAGCUGCUGUUCAAGGCCUUGUACAAGAAAUUCUUGUUAAACUUGGCCUAACGAAAUAGCCCGGUGCUCAGUGAAGUGUUUUCUAUUUGUGUUUUCAUUUAGUCUUGGCCUGGAAAGGAUAAGACUAAGAAAGAGAAAGAGAAAGAAGCGAAAAGCGACCAUCCUUGUACCCAACAUUCCAUAAAAACAACGCUUUGUAUGUCAUUGAUAAAUUCAUAACUGAGUGCAAUUGUUUUCAGAAGCGGUUUGUAAACUUUUGCCCUGCUUCGGCAGUAAGUAAAACAAAGUACAUUCUCAAGCUUGUCUCGAAUUUGAUCAUAGUAAAUAAACCCCUCUGGUGUAAGACUCGUGGAAAAAACUUUGGCCCUUCGCUGGAGCGUUAAACGUUUCUUCCAGCGAAGGACUUAACAUUUUUCGACAAUAACUUGACAGAUCCAUAUAAAGACUGCUUGAACCCCGAAACCUGCUUCAGGGUAAAUAAAGACAAGAGACUUUCAUCUACUACCGCAGUUCAUAUAUGAAUUAUUUCAUAUAAA